AUGUUAGAUAGCUUGAAGAAAGGUAUAGCAUUGUUUAGAAGCAUAUACAAAGGAGGGAUAGAAGCAGAGCAUGAUGAUAAUGCUAUACUUGAUGAUGAAGAUCUAAAGGAUGAUGCAUUUGUUGAACCAGAAUAUCAAAGAGCAUCAGAUCUCGAGAAGAAUGGUUUACCAGACACAGCAGCAACAGCAGAAGAGGAGGAAGAAGAAGAGGAGGAGGAGGAAGAGGAAGAGGAAGAGAAUUCACAACAGCAACAGCCACAACAGCAACAACCACAACAUCAAAUACUGAAACCACGUACCAACUACAAAGAAAAAGAAUACAGGAAUAAGUUUGAAACAAAAGAAUCUAUUGAGGCCAUUGAAUCACCUGAAGAGUUGGAAAUCCACCAGAGGUUCAAUACAUUUCUUCAAACAAGAAUGAUUUAUGUCCACAAGAUGAAUUUGAAGAAGAAAAGACAACCAGUCGGUCCUAUACCAAAAUUCAAUGACCUGACAGACUUGGACAAACGUGCAUCCAAGUCUUACCAUUUUAUUCAAGACACAACCCUUUUUGAAUGCAAAUGCAAGAGCAGGGGUAAUUGUAAUAAUUGCAAAUGCAAGAUAUAUAAUAAUGGUUGUAUUUCUAAAUGUAAAUGCCCAUGUCGUAUGCUUGAUCUUGGACAAUUCCAACCUCCUAUCCUUGUAUCUAAUGAUAAUUCAUCUUCAUCAGCAAACCCCAACCCAUCCUCUUCAAGCUUCGUCUCCAAUCUUCUUUCUCGUUUAAUAACGCCUUCCCAUUCACAAACAUCGACCACUUCAACCACUUCAACCACUUCUACCACAUCAUCAUCAUCAUCAUCAUCUUCUUCUUCUUCUUCUUCUUCUUCUCCUGCCCCAAACAACAGCAUAGAGUCUGAAUACAAUCCAAUUGCUGGAAGAAUGGUUGAUUUUGAGACUUGGAAGCGUGGGUUUCUAUCAACAAUGCCACAAGAAUUAUCUCCACAAAAUAGGCAUGAUUUCAUUUAUAUUGCCUUUUUUAUGGGUUUGGUCAAACUCCCACGGGCGGAAGACCAUUGGGGUAAAAGGAGUCCUUUCCACCCUCCAUCUGUUAUUCGCCCAAUAAUGACAAGAAAAAGAUUCAAGUCCAUCCUCAAAUUCAUUCACUACGACGAAGAUGCUGUCAUUCAAAUGAUUGAAGACAAUUCAAACCGCUACUAUGUCCCAUCAUUACGGUUAUCAAUCGAUGAAUAUAUGGCCCCAUAUAAAGGCUUGGUUAGGUUCAAGCAGUAUGAACCAGAUAAACCCCACAAAUUUGGAUUAAAGUAUUUCGUUUUAUCUGACUCAAAUGGAUUUAUAUUGACACAAUGGCUUUACAGGGGUAGUGAUGAAUCUGCAACAAAAUCUGUUACAAUAGGUAUGUUACCAUCAUCAUCAUCAUCAUCAUAUGUCUAA